CUGGUAACUCGGUAGGAACGCAAGGAAGUUAGAAAUGAAAUGUUAUAUUGGUAGAUUGUGCAAAGGAAUGUCAGACCUUUCUUCAGAAUAAUUAUUUCGUCCUAAAAAUUAACCCAGGAACUAGAAAUCACUACAAGAGUUUUUAUACACUAUUUGAACAAUAUUAGCUCCAGGGAGUGAUAUUGCGGUGAAUAUGAAGUGCGCCGAAGGGGGCAGAAAGAUAACAUUCCUGCAUAUUUCCCAACAUCUUGUAGCAGUUCAGAAAACGAUGAAUAAAAAUACCAACUUCUUCAAAUCUUUAAGCGCAAUCAAACGCACUCAAUGUCCCGACCAUACAAAUACAAACAUAUGCAGCCAAAGUCGCAUGAGGCGCGAAAACAACAGAGUAUCAGCAAAGAAGGGGAUAGUAAUAACAAUUUUAAUUAUAAUUGCUUCAAUUGAAUGUCUUUCCUGUAAUAUACUGUCGAUAUUUCCAAAAGCUGAGGCUGAGCAACUCUGCGGGGCAAAACUGGUGGAUGCUUUACGAUUUCUUUGCGGCGAAAGGGGAAUAUAUAAUCCAGUAGUGAAGGGAAGAGCAAGCAGUUCAAGUUCAAAUAUACCAGAAGAUAUAACAGUUUUAUGUUGUACAAAGAGUUGCACAAUGCAACAGUUGAAGCAAUAUUGCGGCAAACCUGCGGAAACGCCCGAACAACGACGUCGACAACAUCUUCUCCAUUUGCAAGCGUUGCUUCCUUACGGUCGAAAUCGUUCCAGACGGCCACACGGACGUUUCCAGUCGAGACAUAGACCAAGCGCAGCAACAUUGCCUGACGAAAGACGAACCGCAGCGGAAAGAAGACCACCUUUAACUCGAUCUUCCAGACAUGUCAUAAGACAAGACGAAUGGGAAAGAUAUUCAAAAAUGACUCUUCAUCAUUUUUUAAAGGCAUACGCUGCGGAUCAUGCUUCUGAUUUAGCCAUGACGAAUGAGGAAUCGGAAGGGACGGAGUCUGCAGGAUUAUUGGAAAGAUUAACAAAUAAACAAGGAGAAGCAGGUGGAAGUUGAUAAAAAAAAGAAAGCUUUAACGGUUUGCUCCUUGCAACUGUUUGAAACGAAUUCUCAAUAAAAUAUGCGUAUUGUCGUAACGUGUGAUAUGAUCGAUGUUGUCUUCAAAUGAUGUUCAAAAUUUUACUCUGAAGUGGGCUAAUCUGGAGUGUUGAUUGGCGUAAAGUUUCAUCGAAUAAAUAUGUGAAAUGCGUCCACGGAACCACGGAAUGUUCCGAAUGAUUCCAGCAUUGUUCUACUUGAGAACAUUAACAUAUUUCACAUAGCACACAGUGAUUUAUUCGCAUUUACAUUUACAUGUGACCCACAGUCCCCAGUUAGCAAAAUCGAUUGAACAGAAAAAUGGCUGUAUCAGUAUGCUAAGCAGUAACGCUGUGAUAGCUAACUCAUUUUUGAUAAACCGAUAUAUAUUUAUACUUUAUUACUUCGUAGCAAUCUUCACAGCUCGAGGCAGAAUGCUCUGCAUGAUAUGGACCUAUCUGAACUCUUUUUUAUCUUACAUACAACAUACCUGUAACGCUAAAAGUCUCAGUUAAAUCUGUUGACGUUUAAAGUUUAGUUAGUGUAUUGUGUAACUUACCUAAUAUAGAGCAAACUUCCAUGAAAACAUGUAUACCUCCCGUGAAGAGUAUGUAUUCCCGUUUUCUUGUUCCGAGUGAAAUAUUUAGUUCAUCAAUUAAAUAUCACAUGAUUUUGAACAGAUUAUGCAUGACGUCCAUUCCAUUCGUUUCAUUUAUUUUUUAAAUAUUUUCAUGUCAAUCAUAUUUAAAAUGUAUUUAUCUGUCCAUUCACUCAGUCAGUCUGAUAUGAAUGUGUCGACUCGCUGUAAAAACUUAAGCAAACAAUUUAUGAAGCAAUUAUGCAUAAUUGAUUCAGUGUAAUUUCAGAGGAAAUACAAAUAUUUUAGCACACCAGUGGUUAUAUUCUUGCUUUCCAUUCAGUGUUCUAUUUCUAAGUUUGUUACGUAUCAUCCGUAAAAACGUUCAACACAAUAAAUUUCGAUAAACAAUUCACGUGACGUGAGUACUUUAUUCUAAAAGUUCUGCAAUAAAGAUAUUUCAUAAGAAUAGCCUUCAAGAAAAUGUCUCGAAUGAGGGACUAAGAAGUUGUACUGAUGUGUUAUCUGAAACCUGCUUCUUUGAUCACUGACAGCAUCUCCUGAUUAGUCUUGAUAUUAAAUAUAAUAUUGUCAUAUCAAUCUCGAUUCCUAAUGUUUUAUCUAAUGUUAAUGCUUUUGUACAAUAUUAUACUAACUAUCAUUCAACAUAGGCGGCAGUUGCCGGCAGACAUUAAAUCGUUUUAGCUAGUACAACAACAUGAAUUCUUUGAUAUUUUGAUUCUUUCCUGAUGCAGAAAUAUAAUUAUACAGUAUCAAAGCUCAGUUAAUGACAACGUUUUAUGCAGCGGGUGAUGUCGAAUGGUUUGUAUCUAGAUUGGCUACUGCAUCAAGUUAGAAACCACAGGUUUAAUUUUUAACAAACUAUUUAUAUUUGUGUUACAAACCAGGAAUGAAGAAUCAAGACGUCAUACGUUGAAAAACAUUUAAACUCGAGCGGGCAAUAAAUAAAUAAAUAGUAUCGAAGCUAUUGUGAUAAUAUUACAAUUUGUUAAAUUAUGAAUUGUGCGUCGUCAUUAGCAAGCCAGCGUCAGCGGAAUUCAAAAUACGGACUUAAAACUUCCCAGUUUUUAUAUUUUUUGACUCAACCGCGACUCCAGAAGCUCCGAUUUCAUCACUUCACUACUCCUGACCUUCAGUCUAUUAAAAUUUUAUAGCAUCUAAACACAUACAAUAUGCACAUCCAAAUGUGGGUAUCAUCAACAAUUUCUA